AUCGUAGACAAGACCCCUGUAUCAUGCCGGAUUUAGGUAGUUCUUGUAGGAUUCGCCAACUACCGAUCGAUGACUUCAUCGAUAACCACCAAGGUGGGGUGGCACAAUAUGGAUUUACGGAGAUGCAGAUGUACUACAUCAUUAACUUGCCAAAUUCUCCAACUCUUUCAGUUCUUCUUUCCACACAUUAUCUGGAAUCAUAGUUGAAACAAACUCUCUUUGUCUCCAGUGAAAACCUAAGACAACGCGAAACUAUUCUCAACCAAAUUCUCAUAACGGUCGACCAUGUCUUCAAAACCCGAGGAUAUCCGGACGGCGGAUCUGCACAAACCCGUCGACAUUGCAGAGUAUCUAUUUACUCGCCUCAAGCAGAUUGGCUGUGAUUCAAUUCAUGGAGUCCCAGGAGAUUUCAAUUUAGUCGCAUUGGACUAUGUUCCAAAGGCUGGUCUCAAAUGGGCCGGGAACUGCAACGAACUUAAUGCUGCUUAUGCAGCGGACGGGUAUGCGCGUGUCAAGGGAAUCGCUGCCAUCGUCACGACAUUCGGAGUCGGAGAGCUCUCGGCGAUGAACGGAGUAGCUGGAUCGUACUCUGAGCAAGUCCCAGUCGUGCACAUCGUCGGAACCCCUUCGACGGCCUCUCAGAAAAAUGGGAUGCUCUUGCAUCAUACUCUCGGCAAUGGGGACUUCAACGUCUUCUCCAAUAUGAGCAAGGAGAUCUCCUGCGCCAUGGCCAAAUUAACCCACGCCGAUGAUGCCGCGUCGCUCAUUGACAACGCUUUGAGGGAAUGCUGGGUCCAAAGCCGACCUGUCUACAUUGCACUCCCGACAGAUAUGGUGCAAAAGAAGGUCGAAGGCAAGAGGUUGCAGACACCAAUCGAUUUGUCAUUCCCAGAAAAUGACCUGGAGAAGGAAAAAUACGUGCUUGAUGUUAUCUUCAAAUACCUCUAUGCCGCCAAGGAUCCAAUUAUAUUGGUAGACUCUUGCGCAAUCCGCCACAGAGUUCUGAAGGAAACGCACGAUUUUAUCGAGAAGAGCGGUCUGCCCGUAUUCGUAGCACCCAUGGGGAAGAGUGCUAUCAAUGAAAGCCAUCCCAACUACGGUGGUGUGUAUGCAGGCGAUGGGAGCUUGCCCGAAGUUAAAAAGCGCGUAGAGGCUGCCGACUUGGUCUUGAAUAUUGGCGCCAUUAAGAGCGACUUUAACACAGGCGGCUUCUCGUACAAGACAUCACAGCUGAAUACGAUUGAUCUCCACAGCACAUUCACUAAAGUCCGCUACUCCGAAUACCCCGGUGUGAGCAUGAGAGGUCUCCUUCGCAAUCUCGCCAAGAGCAUCGACACAACGAAGCUUACCAGAAGCGCAAUCCCAGUCCCUGUGCCCAAAAACAGAGUCGCCGAGAAUAGCGGCAGGUCCGAGAUUAUAACACAGGCAAUGCUAUGGCCUACCGUUGGAGAAUUCUUCGAGGAAAACGACAUCGUCGUGACCGAGACUGGUACUUCCAACUUUGGUAUUUGGGAGACCAAGUUCCCGCCUGGCGUCACGGCACUGAGCCAGGUGCUUUGGGGCAGUAUCGGGUGGUCCGUUGGUGCUUGCCAGGGAGCAGCUCUUGCGGCGGUAGACGCAGGUGGAAAGAGAAGAACGAUCCUCUUUGUCGGCGAUGGCAGUUUCCAGCUCACUGCUCAGGAAGUGAGCACCAUGCUCAAAUUGGAUUUGAAGCCAAUUAUCUUCAUCCUUUGCAACGAUGGAUACACCAUCGAACGGUUCAUCCAUGGGAUGGAUGCCGAGUACAACGAUAUCGCGACCUGGAAGCACAAGUCCCUUAUCGAUGCCUUCGGCGGUGCUGCGAAGGGAGCGAGGACGUACCAGGUUAAGACUCAGGACCAGGUGAGGGAACUGUUUAAUGCCAAGGAGUUCAAGUCUGCGAAUGUUUUGCAACUGGUGGAAGUUUUUAUCCCGAAGGAAGAUGCUCCAGGGGCUCUCAAGAUGAUUGCGGAGGCCAGUGCGAAAACAAAUGCGAGCUAAGUUUGAAGUAUGGGAAACAGUAGGGUAUUAAAGGUUGAAAGUAACCUGUAACGUAAAAUAAAAGUGAUCUUUAAGUAGUACAGCUAAUUAAUGCUUGAGUUAUGAAAUGUUUUUGGAAUAUGGGA